GUGCUAGUAGCAAGCAGCAGUGAGAAUAUUUGGCGUUCCUGAACGGGGUGUAAAUUUUGCGUUUUCUGGUGUAAUUUGAUGCAAUUGUCGACGACAUUUGGAUAAAAAAUUCAAUCUUGGUGCGGUGAUUAAUUUCGCGAUAUUUAUUUUAUCUAACGGGUGCUCCAGUGUCUCGUCACGGAGACGCACCGGUUCCCUUAGUACGGCUUAAUGUCUAGUGGUGAAUUUUGUGACAGUUCCGCCGUCGAUCCCCCAGCCGCCAAAAAGCGGAAACUGCCUUCAUCGCCUUCGUCUUCGUCGUCAUCGUCGUUGUCGACUUCCUCCACCACUGCAGCAGCAGUAGUAGCCGGACAGCAGCAGCAACAACAACAUCAACUAGAAGAAGACUCAGUAGCAGUUGUAAUGGCGACGGCAAACAACAAUGGAUCGACACCGUUUGAAGGUUCUGCUGGGCAGGAUAUUGACGAGGGACUCUACUCGCGGCAACUUUACGUGCUGGGACACGAUGCCAUGCGAAGGAUGGCUCGUUCCGAUGUGCUAAUCUCUGGUCUCGGUGGAUUGGGUGUGGAAAUAGCGAAAAAUGUUAUCCUCGGUGGUGUAAAGUCUGUCACUCUGCAUGACAAAGCGCUUUGUUCGCUAGCGGACCUGUCAUCGCAAUUCUACCUCACGGAAAACGACGUUGGAAGUAACCGUGCGGAGGUCAGCUGUCGCCAGCUGGCCGAAUUGAACAACUAUGUGCCUACUACUGCAUACACUGGAGAUCUCACCGAGGAGUUUCUCCGCCAGUUCCGUGUUGUGGUGCUAACAUUAACACCACUCGCGGAACAACAUCGUAUUGCGGAGAUAACCCAUCGGCACAACAUUGCGCUUAUAACGGCCGAUACCAGAGGACUGUUUGCUCAGAUUUUCUGCGAUUUUGGCGUCGAUUUCACCGUGUACGAUCCGACUGGAGCCAAUCCAGGUUCGGCCAUGGUGGCCAGCAUCACAAGUGAUGUGGAAAGUAUUGUGACUUGUUUGGAUGAAAAUCGCCAUGGAUUCGAGGAUGGAGAUUAUGUUACCUUCACUGAGGUACAAGGUAUGACGGAACUGAACGGUUGCGAACCGAUCAAGAUCAAGGUAUUGGGACCGUACACGUUCAGCAUUGGGGACACCAGCAAGCUAAGCGCUUACAUUCGGGGUGGCAUCGUAACCCAAGUCAAGAUGCCGAAACAGAUGACGUUUAAAUCGCUGGCCGAAGCAGAGAAUGCUCCCGAGUUCGUUAUGGCAGAUUUCUCCAAGUGGGAUCACCCGCAAAAUACGCAGCUGGCGUUUACCGUUCUUACUCGGUUCCAGGAGAAAAAUGGUCGAUUGCCGCGUCCGUGGAACGUCGAGGAUGCGGUUGAGUUUGUUGAGCUCUGCAAGGAGCGCGCCAAGGAACUAAAACUGGAAGAGAUCAACGACGGUAUGCUGACUAAAUUCGCUAAGGUAUGCGCUGGAGAUCUUUGUCCGAUGAAUGGAACUAUUGGCGGCAUUACGGCACAGGAAGUUUUGAAAGCUUGUACUGGUAAGUUCACACCUCUGUAUCAGUAUUUCUGCUUCGAUGCACUGGAAUGUCUGCCGGAGACCGAGGUAGGUGAGGAGGAUUGCCAACCUGUAGGAUCCAGAUACGAUGGACAGAUUGCCGUUUUUGGCGGCAAGUUCCAAGAGGUUCUCGGCAAGCUUAAAUACUUCAUUGUUGGAGCAGGCGCGAUCGGAUGCGAGUUGUUGAAAAACUUUGCCAUGAUUGGAGUAGCCUCCAACGAUGCUGGCGAGAUCAUCGUAACCGAUAUGGAUUUGAUUGAGAAAAGCAAUCUCAAUCGACAGUUCCUGUUCCGGCCGCACGAUGUUCAGCAACCUAAAUCUCGCAUUGCUGCAGAAGCUGCGAAGCGUAUGAAUCCGGGCAUUAAGGUGACUUCUCACGAGAAUCGUGUGGGUGUCGAAACGGAAAAGAUUUAUGAUGACACAUUCUUCGAGCGAUUGGAUGGAGUUGCAAACGCACUGGAUAAUAUUGACGCUCGUAUCUAUAUGGAUCGUCGCUGUGUGUACUACAGAAAGCCGCUGCUGGAAUCGGGAACGCUAGGAACAAUGGGAAACAUACAGAUUGUUGUACCAUUCCUCACGGAAUCGUACAGCUCAUCGCAGGAUCCGCCGGAGAAAUCGAUCCCGAUUUGCACGUUGAAGAAUUUCCCGAAUGCGAUCGAGCACACCCUGCAGUGGGCCCGUGAUAUGUUCGAAGGUAUCUUCAAACAGUCGGCCUCGAGUGCGGCUCAAUACAUAUCCGAUCCGACAUUUAUCGAUCGAACGCUUAAGCUAGCGGGCGUCCAACCAUUGGAGACACUCGAGUCGGUUAAGACCGCUCUUAUUGACGAGAGACCGAAGAAUAUUGAAGAUUGUGUCAAAUGGGCGCGCACUCAUUUCCAGGAGCAGUAUUCUAACCAGAUUCGUCAGUUAUUGUUCAACUUUCCACCCGACCAACAGACUACUACAGGAACUCCGUUCUGGUCCGGUCCGAAGCGCUGCCCGGAACCGAUUACAUUUGACGUUCAGAAUCCGCUUCAUCUGGAUUACGUCUUCGCUACGGCAAACUUACGCGCUGAAGUGUUUGGUAUCACACAAGUUCGGGAUCGUGCUCGUAUAGCGGAUUUGGCAACUAAAGUUCAGGUGCCAAAUUUUACCCCUCGAUCGGGCGUAAAGAUUGCCGUCACCGACGCCGCCCUCCAGGCGGAAGCAAAUGGAGCAGGGGAAGAGAUGGACCAGGAUCGCAUUACUCGUCUGCAAAAGGAGCUGGCUUCGUUGGGUCGCUUGGACUUCACCAUUACGCCGCUCGAGUUCGAGAAGGACGAUGAUAACAAUCUCCACAUGGACUUCAUUGUGGCGGCUUCGAAUUUGCGUGCCGCUAAUUAUAAAAUACCUCCGGCAGAUCGGCAUAAGUCGAAGCUUAUCGCGGGUAAGAUCAUCCCGGCGAUUGCUACUACGACUUCUCUUGUAGCCGGUUGUGUUUCGCUCGAGCUGUACAAGCUCGCUCAGGGCUUCAACACACUCGAACGUUUCAAGAAUGGUUUUAUCAAUUUGGCGCUGCCACUAUUCACCUUCUCGGAACCUAUUGCGGCCAAAAAGCAAACAUACUACGACAUUGACUGGACUCUGUGGGAUCGUUUCGAGGUUCAGGGUGAGCUGACGCUGAAGGAGUUUCUUGAUUAUUUCGAACGCGAACAUAAACUGCAGAUUACGAUGCUCUCGCAAGGCGUAUGCAUGCUCUAUGCAUUCUUCAUGGCUAAAGAUAAGAAGACAGAACGUCUUAGCUUGACCAUGUCGGAGGUAGUUCGGCGCGUCUCGAAGAAGAGUAUCGAACCGCACGUUCGUGCGCUUGUUUUCGAAAUAUGUUGCAAUGACGAAGAUGGAAACGACGUAGAAAUUCCUUACGUACGUUAUGUUCUGCCCUAAAGUGUGAUACCCCUAACAUUUUUGCACACUUACACACUCACAUCUAAGUUAAGCGAUUGUUUUAAACACUAACACAAUGAAACAUAUACACGGAUGAUAGAGAAACUAUUCAGAUGCUUGGAGUAAGGAAUAGAAAAAUAAAAUCGUCGUGAUAGUUCGCUCAUCUUAUUGCAGAAAAGGAAAAUACGAUAAAAGGUAUUUAUUUUAACUCUUUGUUCUUUUCACGUUGUCCAAUUGUCACUGCGAUAAAUGUUUGCUAGUAGACCCUAUUAUUGAUGCAAGUGAUCGUUGCCUCAACAACAAGCAAAAAAUGCCUUUAAGUUUUUUUUGUGCUAGGAAAUUGUAUGUUUAAGUUCUCCGCAUACUUUUGACAUUAACCUAUCUAUAGCAUCAUCAUGCCCACAAUUCACUGCGCAAUCACCAUUUUUUCGUAAUUGUAAUGCCAUUCAAAAUAACGUAUUACAAUCACUGAAGUAUAUCUAUUCGCUACGCUAAACUGUUUUCUAUGGACACAUUUUGCCCAAAUCACAUUUACUGUAUGCUUGCUAAAUUGUUUCAUCCGGCACUAACUAAACCUUAACGAUUAUCUCGAUAAAUUUGGUUAUUUGCGAAAUUACGCGGUAUUUUGAUUUUUUUCUCCAGUAUAUUCUGCCAGUGAAAUCCACUAUUUUGAAUUUGUCCUCUUUCAAAAUUUCUUCGAAGCUGGUUUUAAAUUUUCAAUCACUUCCACAUAAGGAUUAAUCCAGAAAUGGUAGAUACUUGACUAAACGUUUAAGGAAGUAACAAUAAAUCUUUAACUAGACUAGCUUUAGUGACAGAGCUUCUUGUCGAAAGCAUUCGAGGAAGAAUUAGAUAUAUAACGAUGUUUAGGAUAAUGCAAUUAUUGUGGUAAAAUCACCCGGACAAGGCGUGCACUGAUGAAAACGAGCAUUUUGGAGGCAUCUCUGAUUCUUGCAUAACUUCAGUAACGAGUAAAAUUAUUGAAAAACACUCCUACCCUGCGUUGCAAAAUUUAUUGUAUAGAAGACGAAAAUCUGCUGAUAGAUUUUUGCAAUGAUCAUGAAUAAAUAAUAAAAAAAAAGAAAUGAAGAUGAGAACGAAACCAAUUUUUACUGAAUGAUGAGCAUUAAUUUACAUAGCAACGGCUUUGGUCAUUUCGCAUUCAAAGAAUGAAUAAACAGAAAGCAGAAUAUUCUAUUCGAUAAAUAAAUUAUGAUCAGGAAAGAACUUGCA